AUGGCUGAGAUAAACGAAAGAGCAUCGGUGAGCAUCGACUGCCCGCUCUCUCCGGGCUUUGAAACCGUUGACGACGUCAGAGGAGCUGCAACGGAGUCCUUCAAUAAAAUGAAAGAGUUUGUGAAUGGCCAAGUUGGGAAUACGGCGGCGGAUUACAAACUCUUGGAAGAUAUGAAUAACAUAACUGCUCAGCGAUAUCAGGACAUGCAUCAAGUGGCCAAGAAUAUUACUGGUAGACUGGGAGAGUUAACUCAGAAAUGUAAGAAGCCGGACAGCAAGUUAGUUUGUUGUAGAUGAAUCCCUUCGCCCAUAUUUGAGACAAAUCGAUGAAGUGGAAACGAUCAGCAAAGACCUCGAGAACACUGUUACCGUCCUCGAGAAGUACCUUAACGCUUUGGAAGUAAAGUUCAAGAUGAUCCAAUUAUCCUCUCCGGUUUAA